GUUAUAGCUCUCAUUCUCCUAAGCAUCAACGAUCUGACGCAUGGAAACUUGUCCAAGCCAUCGUCGAAAUAGCUGUGAGGAAAUUCAUGGACCAAUUUCCAAUACUGUGAAUUGUCGACACAGAAAGUACAGUUUGGGACGCAGAGUAUCUACAAGCACCGGCCCGCUGCACAUGCAUGCCGCUUUUACAGACCAGUUAAAAGUUACCAUUCUUGGCCAUAAUCACGUGCUUGUGUUUUGUUUUGGUUUCCAUUUGAGCGACUGGGCCGCAAAUACCCCUUGUCACCGAAAUACAUCCCCUGGUAUGACUCUAUAAACACUCAAUUCACCGGAAUAAAUUGUCUAACAGAACCGUAUAUUGCUUUGCUCGACUGUGCCUUCCGAUGUAGUCUAGAGCUUCUCCUCGUCUGGCGUUGUGCCAACUCUUUCCCAUUCAGAAAUCCACCCCAAGCCACUCUAUCGCUCCACGGUGUGACCCAUAUUGGCACCAAAAUAAUUUCCGUACCGUAAUCUAAACGUCUAAUAACUUUGCAACGCUAAUACAUGGUGAUCAGCUUGCUAUAGACUCCCUCGUCACUCUGCGCUGCCUUUGUCCCGCUUGCUGCGGGAUUUCCUGUUUUGGGCCCGAGUUACCCUGCACAGAAAAUUUCUCACCGCAACAGUCAUAAAUAUCC